UGUCAGAAGUAUUUAGCGCUAUUGGAAAGUGAAAGAAAUUACGAUGCAAAAAUGAGUUUGUCCGCAAUACUGAAUCGGGACUUUGAUUGGUGGGAGUCACGCAUCUCCGAUGCUUUCAACCCAAUCAGACAACAGGAAUAUGCACUAGAAAUAUUCUCAGAUACGUCAUUAACUGGCUGGGGCGCUGCGUGCAAUGGCGAAACUACGUAUGGAGCUUGGGAUGAGUUAGAGCGAAAAAAGCAUAUUAACUACUUAGAGCUGGUAGCGGCCUUCUACGCGUUACAAUGCUUUGCAGCGAGAAGAUACGAUUGCGAAAUAUUACUAAGAAUUGAUAAUACUACAGCGGUAGCGUACAUCAAUCAAAUGGGAGGGAUCCAGUAUCCACACCUCAACGGUAUAACCAGAAAAAUCUGGCAAUGGUGCAAACAACGCAGCCUAUGGAUCACAGCAUCAUACAUAUCAUCGCAAGAGAAUGCUGAGGCUGAUCAAGGAUCCAGAAUUAUUAAUGUCGAUACGGAGUGGGAGUUGGCGCAUUGGGCCUUCCAAGCCGUAAUACGUAGAUUUGGUGUACCAAAAAUCGAUUUGUUCGCAACAAGAAACAACAAAAAAUGCGAAAAAUUUUGUUCAUGGCAUCGGGAUCCCGAGGCUGUCUGUGUGGAUGCCUUCACGAUCAAAUGGACGAAGCUUAAAUUCUAUGCAUUUCCCCCGUUCGCGUUAAUACUAAGAAUAUUAAGAAAGAUACAGAUAGACCAAGCUCAGGGUGUCUUAAUCGAAAAUCCACCAUCCGUUAGCGGGAAAAAUGACGUUAGUGGCCGGGAUAUUGUCCGGCAAAACUUCCGAAGGCUAGAAGAUUGGGCUAAGUUUAGCGUAGUAAGAAAUUUUGAUAUGUUUGCUCCACAAAUCAGUCAAAUAGUUGAGUGGCUGACCGUAAUAUACAAGGCGGGCGCGUCUUAUGGAACUUUGAACACAGGGAGGUCGGCAUUGUCGUGGAUCUGCGGCGAUAGAGUAGGGAAAAUUCCCAUAAUUUCGAGAUUUUUGAAAAGCGUGUUUAAUAAAAAGCCAACGAAGGCUAAAUAUGAAAGAAUUUACGAUCUAGAGCCCGUACUGAAGGAGUUAGAGAAACUGUAUCCGUUAGAAGACUUUAGUUUGCAGGAUCUUACAGAUAAGUUAGUUGUUCUUCUGGCAAUAGUGACAGCACACAGAAAGCAGACUUUAUCGCUUAUAAAAAUCAGUAAUAUUCGAGAAAUAAGCAAUGGAUACGAAAUAGAGAUUCCAGACAGAAUAAAGACAACGCGGCCAGGGUCCUGUCAACCAUCGCUGACUUUACCGACAUUCAGAGGGAAUCCAAAACUUUGCGUAGCCACUACUCUCAAGAGAUAUUUAGCCGUUACUAAAAAUCUCAGAGAAUCGAUCGAUUCGUUGUUCAUCACGACCAGGAAGCCGUUCAAAGCAGCGGCAAAAGAUACAAUUAGUAGAUGGAUUCGUGCCUUUUUGGGUAAAUGCGGCAUCGGCGAGUCUUAUGGCCCGCACAGUAUUCGACACGCGGCCACGUCUGCUGCUUUCAAAAAAGUGGUCAAUAUAGCAGUCAUAAAGAGACUAGCAGGAUGGUCGGAAAAGUCAACAGUAUUUGAUAGAUUUUACAAUCGUCCUAUUGUCAAAGAGAACAGUACUUUCGCAGAAGCAAUACUAGCUUAA